ACACAACACUACAACAAUGCCCCCCUGCGUCCCCAACAACUCCUCCAUGGCCUCCUGCAGUCCCAUCUUCCAAGAAAUCCAGACCGUUGUAGCUGAUCUUGAUGGCGGUCUCCUCAUCUCUCCGAAUCCCUUCCCUUAUUUCAUGCUCAUCGCCAUCGAGGCCGGCAGCCUCCUUCGCGGCCUCCUCCUCCUCCUCCUCUCUCCUCUCAUCCACCUACUCUACACGUUCGUAUCCGAACCAACAGCAAUCCAGCUCAUGAUCUUCAUAUCCAUGUUUGGAUUGAAGAUCCGAGACAUUAGGACGACCGCACGUGCCGUCCUGCCAAGAUUCUAUGCGGCGGAUGUCCGCGAAGACAGCCGGCAGGCAUUCAGUGGCAUGUACGGUAGGAGGAUUGUUGUGACAUCGAUCCCGACGGUCAUGGUUGAGCCAUUCGCGACGGACUUUCUUGGUGCUGAUAGAGUGCUGGGAACAGAGAUCGACGUACAUCCUAAGUCUUUGCGGGCUACGGGGUUCGUUAAAACUCCAGGUGUGUUGGCGGGAAGAUGGAAGAAGUCGGCAAUUAAGCAAGAGUUCGGCGAGGAAUCCCCGGAUUUGGGGAUUGGAUGUGGAGCGUCUGAUCAUGAUUUUGUGUCCCUAUGCAAGGAGGGCUACAUUGUGCACCCGGACAAUUCAGCCGUCCCUGUCAAUCCAGACCACCUCAAUCUCCGUCUCAUCUUCCACGAUGGCCGCCUAGUUCAAAGGCCCACCUAUCUCAACGCCAUCAUCAACUACCUAUGGAUUCCCCUCGGUUUCAUCCUAGCCAUCAUCCGAAUCUUUUUCCUAGUACCACUUCCCCUAUCCAUCAUGCCCCGUUUAUCCAGCUUCUUCGGCCUCAAGCUUAUAACCCGCGGCCUACCUCCACCACCACCCUCCUCAGGCUCUCCUGGCUUUCUCUAUGUAUGCAAUCACCGCACAGCAAUCGAUCCUCUCGUCAUCUCAGUUGCCCUCAAACGCAAGAUUUCAUGUGUAACUUACAGCCUAGGCCAUUUCUCUGAGCUCAUGUCCCCCAUACGUACGUUCCGAUUAUCACGUGAUCGUGCAACUGACACUGCUCGCAUCUCAGCUCUCCUCAAAGAAGGCGAUCUCAUCAUUUGCCCUGAGGGUACCACAUGCCGUCAACCCUUCUUGCUUCGCUUCAGCGCCUUGUUUGCAGAACUAAGCGACCGGAUCGUGCCGGUGGCAGUCAACAUCAGGCAGGGCAUGUUCUUUGGAUCGACAGCCAGGGGAUGGGAGUCCAUGGACCCGUUCUUCUUGUUCAUGAACCCUAGACCUACGUUUGAGAUCACGUUCCUGGACCCGAUGCCAACCGAGAUGACGUGUACUGGUGGAAGGCCAUCGAUCGACGUGGCGAAUCAUGUGCAGAGGAUGUUGGGUUGCACACUAGGGUUUGAGUCCACCACAUUGACUAGGAAGGAUAAGUACAUGAUGCUAACGGGCCAUGCUGGAGUGGUGGACCAUUCAUCUAAAAUGGAGCCCACCAAGAGUCAGUGAACACUUUGAUUAUA